AAACAUACCGAGCACAACCACAACCUCGGAGACUCCGAAUCGCAAACGAAACAAAGAACAACAAAAACAUACGACACCCUCAGAAAUCAGUCACCAUUCCGCCACUCAGUGAUCCGCUGUCGAUGGCAGGGCUGACAAAGAUCGUCUUUGUCGGCAACCUGCCAUACUCUCACUCAGACGAACUACAGAAACAGCUCGAACAGGUCUUUGGAACAGUGGGACCCAUAUCCAACUUCCGAAUCGCGUUUGAGAAGGAAUCCGGGAAGCCACGCGGAUUUGGAUUUUGCGAAUACUUCGAUACCCAAACCGCCGAAUCUGCGAUUAGAAACCUGCAAGGGAUCGAGAUUGGUGGACGAGCCCUAAGGCUAGAUUUUGCGGACGUUGGCAAUCAUGAUACCCGAGAGGCGGGCGGUCGACCACCCCCACCAAAAGGUAGACGAUCUGGCGGAGCAGGACAAGCUGGUGGGGGUAACUUGCCUACCGAACCCAACGGAUCCUCUGCUCGGAACUCUGGUCCCAUCUCAACUGGAUUACCGCCUGAUUUGCCCCGUGGCCAACCCUUGGCUGCAGGUCAAACCGCCACCGAUCAAAUCUCUCAAACCCUCGCUGCCAUUCCUCCGGCUCAGUUAGCUGAAAUCACCGGUCAAAUGAAACAACUAGUCGCAAGCGCUCCCGAUCAAGCCAGACAAUUGUUGAAUGCCAACCCACAGUUGACAUAUGCAUUGUUCCAAGCGAUGUUGAUGAUGGGUGUAGUGGAUGCCUCGAUACUCACACGCAUGCUCGCCCCAGCUGCGAUGCAAAAACAACAACAGCAACAGCAGCAGCAGCAGCCCGUCCCACUUGCAGCGAUGCCUUCACACCAAAUGCCUGUUGGCUUCGGCGCAAACGCUUACCCACAACAGCCUAUGAGACCAGCCGGUAUGCCUCAGCAAGCCUCAUACCCUGCAACUCUAGCGCCCCUUCCCAACUAUGGAAUCAUGCCACAGCAAGCUGCUCCUCCACCAGUUCAGCCCGCAGUCAUCCCCCAACAGCAACAAACUCCGCCAGUACAGCAGCCCGCAACAACCCCUGCUGCUGCUGCUCAACAGGCUCAACUGAUCCAGCAAGUCUUAUCUCUAACACCCCAGCAAAUUGAUGGACUCUCCCCGGAACAUAGAGCGACUAUUUUACAAAUCCGGCAGCAAGCGCUAAGUAAUAUGGCUGGGCGGUAAUAACCAGUGCAUGAUACCUACUAACAGAAAGCACUGUGUAGUUACAUAAAACGAGCGGGCAAACAACAUCCGUCAUAUCUGUUUUGAUCUCGUCUAAUCAUUUCCUUGACCCAUUCUCGUUUACGACACAUGAGCUUAUAUCUCUUCUUUGCUUUCUGAGUCUAUUGUACAGUGUUCGGUGGUUGACUACAUUUUCAUUUGUUUAUCCCGGUUGUUCUUCGAAAAAACCAUACCUUUGUUUUUUCAUCUUCUCAUUGCCUAUCUCGAUCUGUAGACACAAAAAAAACAAAAACACAUAAAGCAUGUAAUAGUUGCUUUCUGGAUCCCCACUUACCAAUCACAUAGCUCUCAUUUGAAAGCCUCUACAUAGCAAUCCCAUUCUUCAGCCCUUUUUUGCUUUUUUGUUUUGGUCCAAGUUUUUGUGUCGG